GUCUUGGAGAUGGAUGAAAUACAGGUAUGGAUGACCCUCCAGAAGUAACAAUAUUGCUUCUUGGUGAUGCGGAAGUUGGGAAGUCGACAUUCCUAUCGAGAAUAAUCAAAGGGUCUCCAGGCGACGCCUCCAAGGAAUCCAUCAACCCUCUCCGUGAUGGGGACCAACCCUUUGAACUCGAUAUUCGGUUCCACGACCGCCCAUAUCGCCUUAAAUUCUAUGACACUGCCAGCCCUGAAAACUGGACCCUUCUAGACCCCAAUGUUGUUGUCCUGUGCUACGAUAUAUCUUCUCGCCCCAGCUUGGUUAACAUAAAAAAUCGGUGGAUAAAAGAAACCCACAGAGCCUUUGGCCAUAGAAGCGAUUUGCCAAUACUCCUAUUAGGGCUGAAAAGAGAUCUGAGAUCAAAAACUGAUCCAAAUGGGACUAUUCAUCUGGAAGAGGCGUACAGGAUUGCUCAGGAAACGAGAUGUGAUAAAUAUAUGGAAUGUUCGGCAAUGACUGGGGAGCUUCUCCAUGUGGCGUUCGGGGAUCUUUGUAGGACAGCAGCUAUGACUACCACAGCCAAAGGAGGGUUGAGCGAUGGUGGUUGUUUGGUCAUGUGAGGCAAAAAAGACCUACAUGUAAUAGAGGCUUGUCUUUCAGAAACACUCGCAUGUGUCCCCCUGUAUGAAGAAGAUUACUCUUGAGCAUUGCAAUGUCAAUGUCAAUGACUGAAUAUGGUACAUGCUAAUCAGGUAGUCCGUGAAAAUGAUAGUAAUUUACAAAAA